GUCCCGGGGCGGUCCCGGUGUCCCUCUCGACUCGCCCCCGUCACAUGAUCGGGGAAGGGCGGCGGUGAGCGGGACCGGGAGCGGCGGCAGCGCCGGACCGGGACGGAGGGGCCAUGGCCAUCGAGGGGGGAAUGAAAUGCGUCAAGUUCUUGGUUUUCUUCUUCAACUUCAUCUUCUGGGUGUGCGGCGUGGCGCUGAUCGCCGUCGGGGUCUAUGCGCUGCUCGCCCUGGGCCGCGCCCCGGUGGCCGCGGUGGCCGCGUCCAGCUGGACCCCGCUGGGGGUCGUGGUGCUGGGGGUCGCCAUCUUCUGCACCUCCUUCUGGGGCUGCUGCGGGGCCUGGCGGGAGAGCUACUGCAUGGUCACCACGUUCGCCCUCCUGCUCAGCCUCAUCUUCCUGGUGGAGCUCGCCGCUGCCAUCGCCGGCUACGUCUUCAAGGACAAGGUGCACGGGCUGGUGGAGGAGGGGCUGUGGGAGGCAAUGAGGAGAUACGAGCAGGACCCAGCGCUGGCCACUGCCCUGGACACCUUCCAGCAGGAGUUUUCCUGCUGUGGGGUGAACAACUUCACGGACUGGGCGAGCGUGGGGAACCGGACGGUGCCCAGGUCCUGCUGCCGGGUGGUCAGCGAGGCCUGCAACGCCCGGCCCGGCCCGGCCACGGUGUUUGACAAGGGCUGCCUGCCCAGCCUGGAGUCCUGGCUCAGGAGGAACAUCGUGGUGCUGGCGGCCGUGGCGCUGGGCAUCGCCUUCUUCGAGGUCCUGGGCGUUGUUUUCUCCUGCUGCCUCAUGCGGGGGAUCCGCAGCGGCUACGAGGUCAUGUAGCCCCCUCCCCAAAUUCCUGCCCCCCCCGGGGGGUCCUGGGGGGGCUCUGGGGGGUCCCAGCAGGGCCCAGGUGCCACCAACACCCCCCCCCCACCCGGGGGUCCUGGGGGGGCUCGGGGACCCCCCCGGGUUUGCAAUAAAGAGGAAAAGCUUCUGGA